AUGGUGCCAGACAUUGGCCCGUGUGUAGCCGAGGCCGAGCCCGCCCGACACGCCGUGGUGGCGCUCGAGCUCCAGCCAAAGAAGGUAGUGGUGGGUGACGUCGAUGCCGACGGUGUGUCAGACGUGGUAGUCGCCUCGGACUGGGUUGGCCUCGUUGUGUGGUACAAGGGCCUCCCUGCCGGUGGUCUGGAGCGCUCGCAGGUCCUCACCGCUGAGGCACCGAGCGUCCUCUGCCUUGCUCUUGGCGACGUGGAUGGCAACGGACGCAACGAUGUUGUGGCAGGGCUUGGAGGUGACACUGACGCCGUGGUCUGGUACCGGAAUCUCGAGCCAGCCGGCCUGUUCUCCUCACCCAUCAUUGUCUCGCGACUGGCCAACAACGUUGGCAGCGUCGCAGUCGUUGAUCUGGACAGCGAUGGGAGGGCCGACAUCGUGAUGGCUGGCUUCUCGUCACCGCUCCUGUUCUGGGUGGCAGGCGUCGACGGGGCGGGCAGCUUCUCGGCUGAGCGCAUCAUUUCGACAGCUGACGGCUCCAUGAAAGCCAUGGCCGUCGUCGACGUGACCAGCGAUGGCUUGCCGGACAUUCUCGUGGUGUCGUCCGAGAGCAACGCUCUGAUUCUGCACGCGAGCUCCGCGAGCGGCUCGUUCACCCGCUCAGUCAUCCGAGUUCAGCCCGGAUUACUCGCUCUUACGGUGGCGGAUCUCGCAGGAACAGCGGCACUCGACAUUGCUGUUGUGAGCAACGAUGGCGUCCAGCCCGUCGGGUACUUGGUCGGCGACGGAACUGGUGGCUUUGUCUACAAUUCGAUCCCUCUCGGCUCAUUGAGCCAGCCAUCGUGCAUUCUGGCGGCCGACGUGACUGCCUCAUCGGGAUUAGAGCUUGUGGUUGGGAGCAGGGACCCGAACGCCGACACCAUCUAUGUCUACGAGGGUGCCGGGUAUACUUCUGUGGUGCUCAUCAGCGUAGCUAGUGGUGAUCGCACGGUCGACGCUGCAGUACUGGACGUCAACAACGACGGAGCCCUCGACAUUGUUACGGUCGACUUGUUCUCGUCCAAUGUAUUCUGGUUUUCGGGCGGAGGAGGGUGGGCACAAGACACGAUCACCACCGACCGCGCGGGUCUGGCCGCUGUGGCAGUCGGCGACUUUGAUGCUGACGGCGAUCUCGACGUCGUCAUGGCAUCGACGCACACUGACGAGAUCGAAGUUGCUCUGAACAUCGACGGCCAAGGACGGUUCGGCCUGGCUGCUGUUGUGGACACCUCGCUCGCGUUUGCCGACACCCUUGUCACGAUCGACUUGGACGCUGAUGGGCACCUCGACAUCGUGGUCACUUCUGGCGCAGGCUCUCGGGUCGCAUGGCUGCGCAACCUGGCUGGCUCGGGUGCGUUCAGUGCCGCAGUCGACAUCACAACUGCGUACCCCGUCCCGGCUGGCGUCGCCGCCAUCAACACCACAGGCAGCGCUCUGCCGAACUUGGUCCUCGCCAGCAGCGGCAUUGCGGGGCGGGUGAGCCUGCUGGUGCAGACCACCUCUGGAGGCGGUAUCUUGGACACUGCUGUUGACAUUGAUAGCCUCCCGCAUGCAGUUGAGGUGGCUGUUGGUGACGUCGAUGGUAGUGGCACCGACGACGUGGUAGCAGUGACAGCUAAUGCCGACCAGUCGCUCGUGGUGUGGUAUGCAGGCCUCGGCGGCAACAGCUUUGGCGAGCGGCAAGUCAUUGGCUCGGGCCUGGACGAGAUCAGCGCUGUGGCGGCAGAAGACGGCGAUGGCGACGGCGACGUCGACGUGUUCGUGGCGUGCAAGGGCGAUGGAACAGUCCGCAUGUUCGCCAACACCGACGGUGCCGGGGAGAUGAACGCCGCGAGUGGUCUCGCUGUCGCGGACACUGAUGGUGAUGGCUUUGUCGACCUGGUUGUGGCGGCGGCCGGGCGUAAUGGCGUGUUCCGCCUCGCUGGGCUGGGAACCGGUGCGUUUGGUCCGGUCAACACGGUGACAUCGUCGAUGAACCUGGUUGCUGCCGUCGCUCUGGCAGAUGUCAGCGGUGAUGGCUACCUGGACACGGUUGCUGUUUCUGGCAACCUCGAGCAGGUGGUUUGGUUUGAUGGCUCGAGCUCCGCGCUCGAGUCCAAGGCAGCGCUGACGCUCUUUGCGAACGCAGCCGCAGUGUUCGACUCACCCACACUGAUCGAGCCUGCCAUGCUUGCGGUCGACGACAUCGACAGUGACGGAUACUCGGAUGUGGCGGUGGUGUUUGUUUCGGGUGACUAUGUGUCGUGGUUUCCCAACGACGGUCGCGGUGGAUUCGGCUCGCAGCAGUUUGUGUCGCAGUCGAGCGUCAACCCGUCUGUGGUGGUCCUAGGUGACGUCGAUGCCGAUGGUGACAUUGAUGCCCUCAUCGGGUCGCAAGAGUCGGGAUACCUCCGAUGGCACGCCAACCUCGACGGGCGGGGCGCGUUUGGCCCGGGUGUACUGCUGGCGUCGGGUUCGAUGCGGCAUGCGGUCUCGCACGACUUUGAUGGCGACGGCUUUCUCGACGUCAUGUUUGUGACGCACCAAGAGCUGUCUUGGGUCCGCAGUGUGGCUGGCGUCUUUGGCACUCCGCAGACUGUGGUGAGCAUGCCCGCCCUUGCCUUCGGCGAAGAGGCAUGGAUCGCGCUUGCCGAUGUCGAUGGUGAUGGUGCUGCAGACGCUGUGCUCGGGAGGGAAGGCGCGGUGAUGGUUUAUGUGAACGGCGGCAAUGGCAGCUUUGCAGCUGUUCAGCUUGUGACGGCCAUGUCGAACGCGACGCUCGGGCUGUCGCAGGUUUGUGCGGCCGACUUUGACCACGACGGUUUUGUCGACGUAAUCACGACUGUGAGAGACUUGCACGGCGUAUACUGGUUGGCCGGGCUGGGUGGGGGCCUGUAUGCUCCGCCGGUGCGAUUGGACGGGCAGCUCGAUAGCGCACGCGCACUGGCGUGCGGUGAUGUCGAUGCCGACGGGUGGCCAGACAUUGUAGCCGCGGGCUCGUCGCGAGUGGUAGCGUUUCUCAACGAGUUUGGCCUCGGUGGCAGCUUUUCGUCGCAGAUUCUCAUCCGGAUGGGCCUGAGCAACUUUUGGAGUGCAGUCCUCGACGACUUUGACGCCGACGGCGACAUCGAUGUGGUCUACUCGUCAAGGCAGACGCAUCUUAUCGAAUGGCAGCAACAGCUGUCGCGAAAUGCCGCGGCGCCGUACUCUGCCGUAGAGGUUGUGAUCGACAGCUCGCUCCGCGAGUGUGGCGGCGUGGGUGAAUCGUUUGCUUGCUUGUGGGCCAACGCGCGGCGACUCCCGCGAUGUGCGCGAUCGCAGCUAGUGCUGAACGCAACCAGCUAUGGAUGCCGAUUUGACGCGCACGCGCAGGUCUCGUUCAAGAUGGGCGUUCGAGGGCCGACGAGCGGGCCACGAGCGAAACUUGGUUGCGAUGGUGGGGUUCUCUUUGACGUUGCUCCUCGAGCUGAUGAAGUCGGUGAAGUGACGCUGGAGGCGCUGGACAUCGACGGCCUCGGUGUGGCGCGAGCAUCUGCCUUUGGCGCGCCUGGGCUCCGAGUCGGCGGCAGCCUCGCGCUGCUCGAGCUGAUCAAUGUGAACGUGACCCGCGCCCGCUCGCUAGACGCACCGAUGGGAGUGGCAACGUUUGGUCUCGGAGACGGCGGAGCGUUGUCGGUCGCCAGUGGCGGCCAGGCUGUUGUUCGCGACUCGGCCUUUGUUGACUGCCGGGCAGCCCAAGUUGGCGGUGCAAUUUCGGCAAGUGGGAUUGGGGCAACGCUACGCCUCCUCGACUCGUUGUUUGAUUCGUGCUCUGCCGGCUCUGGAGGUGCGGUCUCUGUGGGAUCGGGUGCGGCUGUGGCGGUGGUGGACACUCGCGUGGCCGGCUGCGAAGCGGGCGAGGGUAACGGUGGUGGCUUUACUUGCGGCGCGCCCGGGUAG